AUGUUGUCAAAUGAUAACUUCUUCACAAUAACUGAUUUGAGGAAUUCCACCACCUACACCAUUUCUGCUGUGGCAGUGAAUGCCAAACAUGAAUAUUCCAUUGUAGCACGAGCGCAAGAAUUCACGACUUUAGAACAGGAUUAUACGCCUGGCGUGGUGCGUGAAAUGAAUUUGAAACGGUUUUUGGCGGAUGAAACGAGUGAAAUGCAUCUAAUGGCGGAAAUUACUUGGAAGCCACCAGAAGACCAAACAUGCCACUAUAUUAUACUCUACUUCGAUGAGAAUCAAGGAUCUGACAUGAUGCCCAUGGAAAUACGUAAUCCACGUUACUUAUACACGUAUACUUUGGAGAAUUUAACUUUUUCGGCCGUCUACAAGGUUGGCAUACGCGCCAAAAAUACGAACAAUUCCGUCAAAGAGAGUAAAAUGGUUUGGUUCAACAUACAGGCCCCAUCCUGUGCGGAAUGGUACAAAUACAAUUUCAGCAUUUGCCCGCCUUUUACACCUAAAGGAUUGAAAGUAAAUCGCAAAUAUAUACGGGAAAAUACAUACGCGUUAAAUAUAACUUGGCAAAGAGCUGAAUAUCCGCUGAGCUACUAUAUGAUAAUGGUCGUGGAUCAUAUAGAUGGUGGCCGAGAUUAUACUUUCAAUGUUGAUAAGGACGCCUGUAUGUAUUUCAUACCGGAAGUAGAACUGAACGGUACACUGUUUGAUGUGCAUUUGGUCGCCUUCACGCCUGGUGGCAAUGCAAGCGCUGUCCUACAAGAAGCCAAUAGCCGCACGGUGCUGCUGCCAGGUAAAAUAAACAACUAA